CUACAGUGUAAACGGAAGGAAACAAUGACGAAGAACAAUUUCCACCUUGGCGUUUUUAUUGUUGUUAUUUUGACGUUUAUUAACACCAAGUUAAUUUAAAAUAUUACCAAUUUAACUGCACAGCAUCACAUAUUUACCCCAUGUAGUCUUUAAUUCUCGUUGGAGACAGGACUUGGUUGAUAGACGUUAUCUAGGUAACGCUAGCUAGCUAACUAACAAUGGCUAACUGUAUGGUGUUUCACACUCAAAUAGUCUCCAUCAUGGAGGUGCUAGCGAAUUCAGCCGUGGCAGAGAUCAGUAAACUCGUAGACGAUGACUAUGCAGUGUUUCGUUUGGAAAUAACUCAAAGCCAGAAAGAAAACAGGGCAUUACGGAGGAAACUACAGCUACUGGAACUGAAGGCAGCACGGGAGCGCGCAGAGAGGACAAUGCGAGAGCGAUACAGAGGAAUGGCAAGAGGUGAAGGGCAUCCCACUGGAGGCCACAGGAACAUUGUAAAGCCAGCGGGACACAAUGGGUGGAGAAAUGACCAACCCAUAGCUAUAGAUGAGGGGAGUGAACCCUCAACCCAGCAUUCUAUCGUGAUAGAGUCUGUAGAUGCAGAUGCUGCAGGUCCUGGGGUCAAGCAGGAGAGUACUGAAGGAGAGGAGGACCCACAACACAGCAGAGACAUCCAGACUGGAGCAGCGGCUGGAGUGGUGCCCCCUGUAGCCUCAGAGGACCUGGCCACCGCUCUGAAUGUCAAUCUCAAGUCAGAGACAGACACUGAUACUUUAAAUGUAACACACCGGCUCUUACACACAGGGUCUGACCACAGAUCAGACCCAGAGGGGCUGGGUAGACUGGGCUGUCCUCCUGCUUCUGGCUCAGAUUACUUACCGGUAUUUCAUCAGAGCCAGAGGACGGUUCAUUCCCUUGGAGAUGGUGAUGUGCUAGACACUGGGGUUGAUGAUCUCUCCUGUUCUUAUGAUACAGAGAUGGACCCUGGCAACAUGUCCUUAGGUUUAGAGACACAGACUGAUCUGUCUAGAGAAGACUGGAACCGGUACAGUUGUAGUGUAUAUUCUGAAAGGUGUCUAGAUAGGAAAGGGGAGGUUAUUGUGGUAGAUGAGGUGACUGUGAAAGUGGAGGGCGAUGCUCCUCCUGCACAGAAUGCAGAUAGUCACCUAGGAGAUAGACACUCACAGAGCAGAGAUUUCUUAGAUUACAGGGGAAGCUUGGAGACAAAUCUAAACAUCACAACCAAUUCUCCUUUACAUGCGUUCAAGGAUCGCGACCCAGUGUCCACGUCGAUGGGGCCUUCCGGUUCACACCAUUUCGAUCAGGUAUUGAACUCAAACAACAGGGCUGAAGCCCAGGUUCAGGGAGGGAGAGCCACAUCAGGCAAUGGUAAAGAGAAACGGUUCCUCUGCAUGUUCUGUAACAAAGGCUUCAGGUGCCUCCAGAAGGUGGAGAUCCACCAGAGGGUCCACACAGGGGAGAACCCCUUCAGUUGUACCCAGUGUGAGAAGAGAUUCUCCCGCCAGGACCACCUGAAGAGGCACCAGAUGGUCCACACAGGGGAGAAACCCUUCAGCUGCCCCCAGUGUGAGAAGAGGUUCUCCCGCCAAGACCAGCUGAAGAUGCACCUGAAGGUCCACACGGGAGAGAGGCCAUUCUCCUGUACGCACUGUGGGAAGAGGUUUUCAGAGAGGAGCUACCUCAGGACACACCAGCAGAAAAUGCACACGGCCCUUGUAUAGAGUAUGGUGACAUGUAAUCAGGAUGAAAGUAAGGUGGUCCUGGUGGCGUCCCGGCAAAAUAAAUAGUGGGGGUACGCCGUACCGGUAAAACAUGAGCCAAUCACAAUAAUGCAAGCAAAAUGUCAAGAAAACUGUAGGCUAUUACACUAUUAUUUUUCAUUAGGCUACAGAAUAGCUGAGGCAUGAACAAUUUGCGAAUGGACUUGAAAAUCAGUGGUAUAACUUCUCCAAAAUUCGACGUGGUUCGACGGGAACACUGACAUUUUUCCAAGGCAGUGAUGAAUGGCUGACAGAGACACGUGGACAGCAGUGGAUGUAUAAAUUCUGGCCUAAUGAAAAAUCGUCAAAAUGUCAUUAGACUUUGGUGUUUUGUGUGACAAACGUCUCUUUCCGUUUCCAUGUUUGGGGGCUGGAAAUACAAUGCAUUCAGAAAGUAUUCAUAGCCCCUGACUUAUUCCACAUUUUGUCAUGUUACAGCCUGAAUUCAAAAGGUAUUCAAUAUAUUUUUUUCUCUCAUCCAUCUAAACAUGUUUUUAGAAACGCUAACUGUAUUUUAUUUAAGAAAUUUGCUAUCUAAUUUACAUAUGUAUUCACAAUCCUGAGUCAAUACAUGUUGGAAUCACCUUUGACAGUGUUUACAGCUGUGAUGUCUUUCUGGCUAAGUCUCUUAAGAGCAUUGCACACCUGGAUUGUCCAAUAUUUGCACACAAUUUUUUCAAUUCUUCAAGCUCUGUCAAGUUGGUUGUUGAUCAUCGCUAGACAGCCAUUUAAGUCUUGCCAUAGAUUUAAGCUGCUUUAAGUCAAAACAUUUAACAUCAAUCUUGGUAAGCGACUCCAGUGUAUAUUUGGCCUUGUUUUAGGUUAUUGUCCUGCUGAAAGGUGAAUUAAUUUCCCAAUGUCUGGUGGAAAGCAUACUGGACCAGGUUUUCCUCUACGGGUGGUGCCUGUGCUUAUCUCCAUUCCGUUAACUUUUUAUCCUGAAAACCCCCACAUUCCUUAACGAUUACAAGCAUGCCUAUAACAUGAUGCAGCCACCACUUUCCUUCCUCUCAGGCAACUGAGUUAGGAAGGAUGCCUGUAUCUUUGUUGUGACUGGAUGUAUUGAUACACCAUCCAAAGUGUAAUAACUUCACCAUGCCCAAAGAGUUAUUUCAUGUCUGCUUUAAAAAUAUAUAUAUUGAAAUACCUAUAGGUGGCCUUCUGUGCGAGGCAUCGGAAAACCUCCCUGGUCUUUGUAUUUGAAAUUCACUGUUCGACUGAUGUACAUUACAGAUAAUUGCAUGUGUGGGGUACAGAGAUGAAGUCAUAAAAAAAAAAGUUAAACAUUAAUGCUCAACUUAUUUAGACUUACCAUAACAAAGGGGUUGAAUACUUAAUGACUAAAGACAUUUCAGCUUUUCAUUUUUAAUUCAUUAGUAAAAUAAUUCAAAAAAUAUAAUUCCACUUUGACAUUAUGGGGUUUUGUGUGUAGGCCAGUGACAAAGGAAUUAAUAAUUUAAUGUAUUUUAAAUUCAGGCUAACACAAAAUGUGGAAAAAUUCAAGGGGUGUGAAUACUUUCUGAAGGCAAUCCUGACCCUGGACCCUAGAUAAGAUAGACUGGGCUAACACAGCAAACCUUUUAGGCCAAUAAUAUGCAGUUUUUUGUUUGCUUUAUAAUCGUGAGAGAAAUUAGUUAUACAUAGAUAGCUAUCAAGGUUAGCAGUCUUUUCUCAAAAUGAACCUCAUUGUGCUACUACAUCUGCAUUGCUUGCUGUUUGGGGUUUUAGGCUGGGUUUCUGUAUAGCACUUUGACAUCUGCUUAUGUAAAAAGGGCUUUAUAAAUGCAUUUAUAAAUACCAGGCCUUUGGCAUGGUGCAGGAGCAGAUAGGGUCAAAGUAGUGGGUUAAUGAGUGUAGGGUUAGUUGGAAGGGUGUUUAUGUAUUUUAAAAUAUAUAUGUCUUAUUUUUUAUUAUCAGAAAGUAUAAUGGAUUUAUAUUAUAGUCCAGUUGGGGGAGGCAAUGCAACAUAUUGGAUGCCAACCGCCGUUAAACUCCGAAGAAGAAGUAAAAAGGAAGUAAACAGUGAUCAAGAAAACGUCAGCGUUUUAGCAAAAAUAUUACUCAUUUAAUUGCACAGCAUCACAUACUUAUCCAAUGUAGUCUUUAAUUCGAUUUGGAGACAGGACUUGACUGAUAGCUAACGUUACCUAGAUAGCAUCUAACAAUGGCUAACGUGAACAGUAUGGUUUUCCACACUCAAAUAGCCUCCAUCAUGGAGGUGCUAGCGAAUGCAGCCGUGGCGGAGAUCUGUAAAGUCGUAGACGACGACUAUGAAGUGUUUCGUUUGGAAAUAACUCAAAGCCAGAAAGAAAACAGGACAUUGAGGAGGAAACUACAGCUUCUGGAAAUGAAAGUGUCACGGGAACGCACAGAGAAGACUAUGCGAGAGCGCGUUCUCGCCAGUCCCAGAAGUGUCAAGAUCCUCGACCGAUACAGAGCAACGGCAAGAGGUGAAGGACAUUUCACUGGAGGCUACAGAAGCAUUGUGAAGCCAGCGGGACAUAAUACAUGGAGAGAUGACCAACCAAUCACUGUUGACGAAGGGAGUGGAACCUCAACCCAGCAUGUUAUCGUGAUCGAGUCUGCAGAUGCAGAGGCUGCAGGGCCUAGGGUCAAGCAGGAGAGGUCUGAAGGACAGGAGGACCCACGUCACUGCAGAGACAUCCAGACUGGAGCGCCCCCUGAAGCCACGGAGGACCUCGCUGCCGCCGCGCCCCAGCCCAGGACCCGACGCAGCAUCAUGGAGGAGGAGGAGGGUCCAGAGGUGCUGCUGGUGAAGGAGGAGGGGUGUGAGGAGGGUCUGGGGAACCCUGAGGAGGCCAUAGUCGUGGAUGACAACCAGACUACACCUCCUCCUGAACCCACAGAGGAACCAGCUGAGCAGCACAGGACCACACACAGUCUCACUGAGUCAGUAGACAUGGAGGAUGGGAAGCCUGAUCUGCUGCUGGUCAAAGAGGAGACAAUACAAGACGGACCAGAGAACAUUGACCUGCUGAGUGGACUAAAGGUGGGGGAGCAAGGUGGUUGGCUGGAAGCUAACAGAGACUGGACGGCCAUCUUGGAUUCCCAGACCCAGGAGGGUCCAGGGGACAACAUCACUGAGGCGGCCAGGACUAGAGGUGACAUAGUGAAGUCUGCAGUCCAUGAAGACCUGCUGAUAUCCUGUGUUACUGGCGGGAGAGACUGGACCUCUAAAGUGGCUGGUCACAAACCCUGGCAACAAAUCAGAACCCUGGAUCCGGAGCGGUCUCUCUUCCUUCCUGAAUCGGAACCGGGACCCAACCAAGAGGGACAGAGCCUCCACCACCACACAGAACACAACCAAUGGACAGGUGGACUGAACAACCUCGGUCCUGGUGGUCAUCAGAGAGACAGAGGCUCCAGUCAGGGAUCCAGUCUGCAGCCCAGACCCUUCUCUUCACAGUCUCAGUGCAGGGAUGAUACAGGGCCUGGGGCUGAUAGAGAUAGACCCUCCUGUUCCUAUGAUACAAACACCACAGUAUCUAUGAUGAAUAGAGCAGGUCACCCUGGGCUUCAGCCUUCACAGGUAGUGGUGGGAGACCCCCCUGGUGGUAGUCGGUCUUCUCCUUCAGGGUCUCAUCUAAUGCCUGGUGGGGUCUGGGUUCAUAGAAGGCUUGGGCCUGAAUCUGGGUCUAGCCUUCCUCAGCUACCUCAUGGUUACCCCACAAAUACAAACAGGGUCAGGAUCGGUGUUCACAACGAGAGGUACCUAACCUAUAACACAGCACACAAUCCCAACAACACCCAAACAAUGGCUAGAGGUCAAGGAGAGAGCUCCAACACUAACCACCUGAGGGUGGUGGCUCAUGCUUCUACCUCCUCUGGUGUCAUUGGGUCACAACAUGGUAGGCCGAGCGUUAGGACGGACGCCGAUAAGCCGUUUGCCUGCCCCACGUGUGGGAAGCUCUUUGCUAAGACAAAAUAUAUGAAGCAGCACCAGACCGUUCACACCAAGGAGAGGCCCUUCAAGUGCAAACUAUGUUACAAGAGCUUCUCCUUCUUGAGUUACCUCAUCAGACAUAGGCAUGUCCACAACAGGGAGAAAUUGUAGCUAUUCUUUAGCUGAAAUAUUGUAGUUCUCAUUAAGUCUACUGGGGUCAGAAUUUUUGGGGGAUUACUAGGUCCUUUUAGUUGAUUAUCUGGGGAUGCUCACAUGAUACAGGCUUGUUGUUUGGUGUGCUGGCAUAGCCAAAAAACACUGAAAUUAGCCAAAAACUAAGUUUAUUAAUUUGUACAAUACCCUACAUUUUUUGGACUUUGUACCUGUGGAACAUAGUGGAAACUCUUUAAAGCUCGGUCCUUGCCCUCCGGGGGUCCUUGCUAUCCAGAAUCCUUGGGAUGUUACACACAACAACCCCCCGCCUCUGAUUUGGUUUUGCCUUUUUUUCUAUUCAUAAAUUAUUUAUAACACCUUUAACACAUUUGGCAUAGUCAGGUUGCACCUGUUCCUUUAUGUGAUCAAAUCUGUUAAUAAAUUAGAAAUAAUUAGUAGUGCCCCUGUGACAACUAUUUUUUACCCCCUUGUGGCCCCCCUAAAUGGAGUAUGAAAUCAUUUUUACAUAACUUGUUUUUGCUGUUGCUUUUUUUUAUUACAUCCGUUAUUAGACCGUGGCAACGAUGAUGAUUAUGAACAUGGUCUUUUGCCUGCUAAUGCCUGCAAUGCAGUGAAGAAAACGAUAUGACAACAAUAACGUCUAAUGUAUCUGGCCCCUCUAACAGUACAACUGGCCCCAGCUUGGCCCCCCCCAGUUGAAAUGGUCUACAACCGCCACUGCCCAGCUCAUGUUGGGGUAGGGAGAAAUGAGGCAGCAGAUGAGGUAGCCGAAAGCAGCUGUGAAGGAGGAGGCGGUGCAUAAGGUGGUCCCAUUAGGGGGGAUGGAAUGUACGAGCAUCAUAGCAGAGGGGCUGACCCAGGAGUGGCAAUGUGAGUGUGAGAGGGAGUGGGGAAGGCAGUUUUUCUAUCCAGAAUUCUGAGAGGGAGGUUGGGUAUCUGGGGUGUGACAGGAGGGAUGGGGUUCUGUUGACAAGGCUGUGGUUGGGUCAUUGUGGAUUGGGUAGUGGGUUAUUGUUAGUGGGGAAACACACAGACGGGAAGUGUGAGGAAUGUGGUGAGGUAGAGAUUGAAGUAUGUUAUAUUGCCGGUGGUAUGCUGAGGAUAGGUCAUUCUGUGACCUGACUAACCUCAUUUUCGCCUGUAACAAUUUUGAGCUAGGACUUUCACGUCUGAUGUAAAAAGGGCUUUAUAAAUACAUUUGAUUGAGCUCAAAUGAUAGGCAAAUCGAAAUAACAAGGAAGCUGUUGUAUUCCACCGGCCUGCAUCUACUGGUGUGAGGUUAUUAGAUAUUUAAAUGUGUAAUUUGCACUCUGACCUGAGAAAUGCAGCGAUACAGCGUCUAGUCUGCCGGAAAUGCACAAGAAGAAGGUUUGAUGUGUAAUAGAGCAGUAUCAUAUUUCAAAGAACCGCACACAUACAUUUUCAUUUAACCACACCCUUUGAGCUAUGAUUCCCAACCAAUAAGAUCCUUUCUCUUCAGUGUAAACAGAAGUGAGGAUGUGACUCGUAGGUGCAAGAUGGCGCAAGCAGGGAGGUGUGGAUCAUAAAGAUAGAUGGAGGACUCUUCUUUAUAUCUGUGCCAUUAUAGCGUCUGACAGCAUGGAAAACAGAGCAAAGCAGAGUUAGGAAAUAAAACGUCCAGUUCUGUGUAUGUCCCCUAGUCUUAUAGGAGAACGUUUGUUGAAGAGGAGCGGAACAAGUUGCCAAAUCAGAGUAAUCCAUUUCAGAGAUCCAGACUGGUGGAAAGAGUGAUGGUAAAGGGAAUUCUGUGUGGAUUAUGAGAAGUGGACUCGUUCUGAUUUCUUGUACAUCAGAGGAACAGAAGGAGCGGGUGUUGUGUUUCACCCGAUUCGAGAAGGUUGCCAUGUCAUGCGUGGCUAUUCGGAGCAGGGCACCCCUCAAGGGGGUCAUAUCUGGCGUCCACAGGAGGCUGCGGAGGGGAUAACAGCUCAUAAAUGGCUGGAACAGAGCAAAUGGAAUGGCAAACAUGGAAACUGAGUUUGAUACCAUUCCACUGAUGCCGCUCCAGCCAUUACCUCAAGCCCGUUCUGCCCAAUUAAGGUGCCACCAACUUCCUGAGCAGGAGUCUUGUGGGAAAUCGAUGUUGCAGAAAUAAAAAGGUAUCCAUGGGGUGAUUGAUGCACGGCGGAUGAAUCGUGUGGUGAGUGGAGUUUUUUUGAAAGUUUUUUUUUACGAGUCCAUCCGUACCCAAGUGCAGUUUGGGUAUAUGAAUUACCAUGUAAGAGGAUUUAUCCAAAGACCAACGCAGUGUAAUCACUGUACAGGUUAUGGACAUGUGGAAAGUGUCUGCAGAAGGGACAAUUUGAGAUGUCCAUGUUGUGGAAGAGAUCAUCUCAUGUGUUGUAAAAGUGAGGAGCAUGUGAAGUGUUGCGAUUGUGGUGGGGAUCAUGAAGCGACAUCUUAAGAAUGGCCGACGAGGGUGGAAGAGGAUGAGGUCGCUGAAGUCAGGGCCAACCAGAACAUUUCAUAUGAAACAGCUGUAAAAAGGAUAGAGGGAUCUAAUGGUCCUGAAGAGCCUAUGGUGGUGAAUAGGCCUUCUCUGCAGGGGUUGCCAGACAUUUUGCAUGUCAAGCUGGUGGACUUUGUGGCCUUUAUAACUACGGUGGUUAACGGCACUGCCAAAGUGGAGAGGAAGUCCAGGAAAAUAACUAUCAUUGUGGAUGUGGCAGAGCAGUUCCUGGGACUGGAAGACUUCUCAGCGGAGGAGAUGCAUGGAGUAUUGGCAAGAGCCAUACCACCCUCAAGCCUUAGAGCCUGAGAGGGGAGAUAUGAAGCUGAAGGAUGGAAGUAGUGAGCUUUGUUUUUGUUAAAGUAUUAUUUUUUGUUGUGUGGAUUAAGUUAGAUUUUCUACAUCACAUAUGGAUUUUUUUUUAAACUUGUUUUCUUUCCAACCCCGUCCAGUUGGCAGCAACACACCUUAUUGGGGGAAAAAAACCACAGAAUAAGUAGUAGUGGUAGUUAAGUGAAGACUUAACGUAGGAAGAUGUCGGAAGCGGAUGUUUUGUUUGAAACUGACGGUUUUGGAUUACGUGGCAUCCGUGAGAAUAACAAGAAUUGGGCUUAUUUUGUUUGUGUGUGUCCGGAGCAGACGGAGCGUGCUUUGCGACUCAUAAAGAUAUCGGAUUGGAAUGUGUCGCGUGUGGAUCAUCAAAACAGGGCGCCUAUCAAGGGGGUUAUCUCUGGGGUGGCACUAGAAGGGAAAGCAAAAGACAUCACUGAAGAAGUAGAUGGAAUGGUUGGUGCACGCCGACUGACCUGCAUGGUGGAUGGAUUGAGGAAGCCCACUUCAUCCAUUCUAUUGUCCUUUGAAUUAGUCUCCCUUCUCACAUAUUUGGGUUAUGUAAGAGCCUUUUGUGGCCGAACACAACGCAGUUUGAUAAAUGCAAAAUAUUUGGAUGUCAGUGUACACUACCGGUCAAAAGUUUUAGAACACCUACUCAUUCAAGGGUUUUUCUUUAUUUGUACUAUUUUCUACAUUGUAGAAUAUUAGU